AUGGCCAACUACGUUCGCCGUAUCGUCUCAGGCCACAAGGCGAGGUAUAAGGAUGAUGAGCUAAACGUAGAGCUGGAUCUCGUCUACUUGACAGAUCGCAUUAUCAUCAUGGGCUACCCAGCUGAAGGCCUGGAGCGGUAUUAUCGUAAUCCCAGAGAGGACGCCAAGCGAUUAUUGGACACCCGACACGGGGACAAGUAUCGAGUAUUCAACUUCUGUCCAAUACGAGAAAACUCGUACCCAGCUUCUGUGUUUGACGGGCGGGUCUCAAGGUAUCCAUGGCCGGAUCAUCACGCUCCUCCUAUCGGACUACUUGCACUCGCAACUCAAGAGAUGGAGGCCUGGCUGAAACAAGGAGACGACUAUACCGUAGUUGUACACUGCAAAGCGGGUAAGGGUAGAAGCGGUACAAUCGCAUGCUCUCUGCUGUUGCGGAUGGAUGACGCUAUCGAGCCUCCAAAACUGAAGCGGAGCUAUAAUGCAUCAGAAUGGGCAGAUAAACGCGCAGACGAGAUCAUGCAAGACGUCGUCAGCGAAGCGGAGGCGCCUCGCGCGACGAUCAGUGCAGAAUCGGAUAUUCCACCCACAACAGACGGAGAGACGAGCAGCGAGAAAGGAGAAAACAACUCGGUUGAGAAACAUCUCGAUGACAAGCCAAAGUCAAAUCUCCUCGAAGUACCGGUUGGCCUUGACCACGCACCGCACACGGUGAAAGUCGACAAAGUGCUAAAGCUACAUACCUCUCGACGCAUGAAACGAACUGUCAGUAGCCAAGGCGUCUCAAUCCCAUCGCAGCGCAGGUGGCUUAGAUAUUGGUCUGAAAUUCUGCAUAAUGUCAAUCCGCCGCAGCUUCGACUGUCUCCAGACAACGGAGGAAAGGCCCCGAAAUGCCGAUUAUAUAAUAUCCGAGUUAGGAUGCGGGAUAGUGGCGGGGGCGUCCAAGUCGCAGUCGUACGCAUGGCCAACCUUCUCAUCGAGUCCGCACCGCGGAGCUUGGGGCCCAGUGAACGCGAGCGAGGAGCUACAGAAGUGUGGGUGUCCCUGGCUCGAUAUGAAGACGAAAUGGUUGAGGAGCUUGAACGCCGAGUACGCGCUGGCACACCAGUAGAAUACGAAGCAGAUGGCAUCACGCGAAAGGACGGCAUGUUCGCGACGGACAAGUGGGACAACAAGAAGAUGGUCAAAAGCUUUGCUCGCAUGGGCGUCGCACAAGGUCAAAAGGCAGAAGUCAGCAAAGACGACAAUGGAACCAUCUUAACCUACAAUCUAGUGCCACUCACAAUCUCUUCUGAUUGGGUAGAUAUCGGGAGAGAACCCGAGAUUCAGCAGGCCGAGACACAACCACCAGAGCAUGGGGUCUUGCUAGAUUCGAGUCGUGAGUUUCGCGUCAAGCUUUACGUGGGUCAGGUCUUUAUGGGCUGGAUGUGGUUCAUCCCAUGCUUCCAUCUACCACAACCUCCUAUAAACGAUGGUGCAAAGACAACGAUCAAGCUCACGCGUUCAGACGUAGACUUCCCUUUGGGAUUUGGUGCCCUUUUGAUGGAUAUCGAACUCACCCUGGGUUGGGAUAUGGAGACGACGGAAGAGCAAUUACCCCGAGAACCCGAACGAACGGCCAGUGGACACGUCCAGGAGCCCAAGAUGACAGGUGUUCUUGCAGCAGCUGGAGGAAACAUCGAAGCACUCCAGGGAGCGAGAGACUAA